AUGCCUUCUCUGCCCGCCAUCAAGCUUGCGUUCACCGCCACGACGGAACGCCCCCGCGAGGACCGGGUCCAACUCUACGAGCCGCUUGGCGAAGACUCACCGGCCGCGACCUUCGUCCCGCAGAACUACGAGCGCAACUACGCCUACCCGCUGGUGGUGUGGCUGCACGGGCAAGACCAGAACGAGUGCGACCUGCCGCACGUGAUGCGGCACGUCAGCACCCGCAACUACCUGGCGGUGGCUCCCCGCGGGACCCAGCCGAGCGACCAGGUCGAGGGCGGCUUCGCCUGGUCGGACACGCCCGACGGCGUUGAGGCCGCCACCGACCGGAUGUACGACGCCAUCGAACAGGCCGCCUCACGCUUCAAGGUGCACGACAACCGCGUGUUCCUAGCAGGCGUCGGCAUGGGCGGCACGCUCGCCAUGCGGCUGGCGUUGCGGCACCCCCGCUCGUUCGCCGGCGCCGCGACCUUCGACGGCGCGCUGCCGACCGGCAACACCCCGCUCGGACGCGUCAACGAACUCCGCACACUCCCCAUCCUGCUGGCAGGCAGCCGCGAGAGCGAGUCGUACCCGGAGCUUCAGCUCUGCGACGACCUGCGGCUGCUGCACUCCGCUGGCGCCACGGUCAGCGUCCGCCAGUACCCCGGCGCCGACGACCUUACCACCGCCAUGCUGGCCGACUUUGACCGCUGGAUGAUGGAGAUCGUCUGCGGAUCCAAGACCGUGUCGGCUUAUCGUGGAGGCUUUCCAGCCCUCCUCGAUGGAUACCCCCGCCGCGUGAAGACGCUCAUCAAGAACGCCCAGGUCGUCCUUCCCGACGAGGUCGCGCAGCUCGACGUCGUGAUCGAAGGCGAGCGGAUCGCCGACAUCUGCCCCGCCGCGCAACUGGCCGUCGACGAGACCGUCGACGCCGCGGGCCUCUGCCUGAUGCCGGGAGUGAUCGACGACCAGGUGCACUUCCGCGAACCGGGCCUGACGCACAAGGAGGACCUGGAGCACGCCAGCCGGGCGUGCGCCAAGGGCGGCGUCACCACGUUCUUGGAGAUGCCCAACACCAACCCCAACACGGUCACGGUCGAGCGGCUGCACGAGAAGCUCCAGCUGGCCAGCGGCAAGUGCCGGGUCAACUACGGCUUCUAUAUCGGCGCCACGCCGGACAACGUCGCGGAGUUGCAGGCCGCCGAGCGGACGCCGGGCAUCAAGAUUUUCAUCGGCUCCAGCACCGGCAACCUGCUGGUCGACGAGCAGGCCGCGCUCGAGCGGAUCUUCGCGGAGACCACGCUGCCGGCCACAGCGCACUGCGAGGACGAGACCACCGUCCGCGCCAACGCCGACAAGUACGCCGGCACGACGGACGUCGCCGACCACUCGCGGAUCCGCGACCACCGCGCCGCGCUGAUCGCGACCAAGCGGGCCAUCGACUUGGCCAAGCGUCACAACCACCGCUUCCACGUGCUGCACGUGUCCACCGGCGACGAGACCGACCUGCUGGCCGACCACGGCGGCCUGAUCACCGGCGAGGCCUGCCCCCACCACCUGUUCUUCAACACCGGCGACUACGAGCGGCUCGGCACGCUGGUGCAGAUGAACCCCUCGCUCAAGACCGCCGAAGACAACGAGCGGAUCUGGCAGGUGAUCGCGACCGACCACGCGCCGCACCAGCUGGAGGAGAAGCGGAAGCCGUACCCGCAGUCGCCGUCGGGCCUGCCGGCGGUCGAAAACUCACUGGCGCUGCUGCUCAACCAGGUCAACCAAGGGCGGUGCAGCCUUCAGCAAGUCGCCCACUGGAUGUCCGACGCCCCGGCGCGGGUGUGGGACAUCGUCGGCAAAGGCCGCAUCGCUACCGGCUACGACGCGGACCUGGUGCUGGUUGACCUUAACAAGACGGCUGUCAUUCGCAACGAGGAACAGCUCACCAAGUGUGGCUGGAGCCCCUGGGACGGCGAGUCGCUGACCGGCUGGCCGGUCCGCACCUGGGUGAUGGGGCAGCAGGUGUUCUGCGACGGCAAGGUCGACGACGCCGUCCGCGGCCGUGAGGCGACCUACGACCACUCGCGGGGCUACGCCGUGGUGACCGGCGCGUCGUCGGGCAUCGGGCUCGCCGUGGCGAAUCAGCUGGCCAGUUCCGGCUGGACCGUGGCCCGCGUCGACUGCAACCCGGGCGACGGCCCCGCAGCCGAGAGCACGCUGCUGCUGGAUGUCUGCGACCAGGACGCCUGGCUCGCACUCGAGUCGGACCUGCGGCAUCGCUGGCCGCGACUCGACCUGCUGGUGAACAGCGCAGGAGUGCUCGUCGGCGGCGACCUGGUCGAUUGCCCGCUGGAGGCGGUCACCCGGGUGGCCGACGUCAACCUCAAGGGCGUGCUGCUGGCGUGCCGCGUGCUGGCGCCGUGGCUGAUUGAGAGCGGCCGGCUGCGCCCCGCGGGCCUGCGUCCGAGGGCCGGCAUCAUCAACCUGUCGUCCAUCUUCGCCGCCCUCUGCCCGCCCGGGUUCGCGGCCUACAACGCGUCGAAGGCCGCGGUGCUAGCGCUGUCAGAGUCGCUGCGGGGCGAGCUGGAGCCGCACGAGCUCAACGUCACGGUUACGGCGCCCGGCGUGGUCCGAACGCCGCUGUUCCAGACCAGCUGGUUCGCCAACAACGCGUACCGCGCGGCCGCCGACCGCUUCUACGACGCCGCUCAGCUCGAUCCGCAACAGGUUGCCGCGGCGGCGUUGGCCGCGGCGGCGCGCGGCGUGUCCGCGGAAUCUGGCGUCGCGACGUUCCGUGACAGCGGCGGGCUGUGGGAGCAACACCGCGUCGAAGAGGUGGCCUCUCCGGCCGGCUUCAGCCGCGACCCGCACCUGGUGCACCGCUUCUACAACCUACGCCGCCGUCAACUGAUAGCCGACGCCAAACCCAACCCCGCCCACCACGCGCUCGCCCGGUUCCAGCAGGGUUUCGCGGGCGACUUGCUGCUGGUCACCCAGAACGUGGACCACCUGCACGAGGAGGCCGGAUCGUCCGGCGUGGUCCACAUGCACGGCGAGUUGCUCAAGCAGCGUUGCACCCGUUCAGCCCGGGUUAGCGACUGCCGAGGGGACCUCACGCCCGAUUCGCGGUGCGACUGCUGCCAGCCGCCCGCGCCGCUGCGGCCACACAUUGUGUGGUUCGGCGAGACGCCGCUCGAGAUGGAGCGGAUCGACCGGGCGCUGGCGGGCUGCGAGCUGUUCGUCGCGAUCGGGACCUCCGGGCACGUCUACCCGGCGGCCGGUUUCGUGGACGCCGCGCGGGCGGUGGGGGCCAAGACCGUUGAACUCAACCUCGAGCCAUCGGCCAACAGCGACUCAUUCGACUCACAACGACUAGGCCCCGCGUCGCGAGUCGUGCCGGUCGACGACUCGCUCGAACUGAUCCUGAUCGACCACGCCCACUGCGAGAAAAAGGCCGCCGGCACGGCGCUGAAUCUGAUCUUUGCGUAUGUCGAGAAUGGGGACCUCUGUCGCGAGAUGACCGAGAUCGUCAACGAGGAACUGGAGCACUUCCACAUGGUGGUAGAUCUGCUCGAAAAACGCGGGAUCCCGCUGCGACGACUCAAGCCCAGCGCCUACGGCCGCAAGCUCAACGACCUGGUCCGCAAGCAGGAGCCCCAGCGGGCGGUCGACAGGCUGCUGGUGGCGGGGCUGAUUGAGGCCCGCAGCUGCGAGCGUUUCCAGGCCCUGGCCCGGCGGGUGCGGGACCCGGAGCUGGCGGAAUUCUACCAGAGCCUGUUCGAGUCCGAGGCCCGGCACCACACGACCUACACCCGUUUGGCCAAAGACUUUGCGCCCGACGCGGAAGUCAUGGCCCGGCUCGACGAAUUGGCGGAAAUUGAGGCCCGAAUCGUGGCCGAGGGGGAAUCGGACCCAAGAAUGCACAGCUGA